CCAUCAAUAAACGUUGUUCCACCACCAGCUAGCGUGUUGUAUAUGCUGCGGCCCAGUUAUUACAGUGGCGACGAGUGUCACGAAUACCGACCAUGCGGUGAAAGUAGACGAACACAGUGGUGAAACUGGACUGCCUCUACGUGAAGGACCAAGGAGAACCAUGGCCUGUCUUCAGCUACCGCUGUUCGACGAUACCAGAGAUAAGUGGAAACCAUAUCUUCUAAGGGCAGAGGCAUAUUUUGAAGCCAACGACAUUACCGACUCGAAGAAGCAACGUGCACUGCUAGUGGCUGCUCUUAGCACGCAAACAGUUCAAGUGCUAGCUGGGCGAAUCGCGCCCCAAACCCCCAAUUCUCUCACGUAUGCUGAAGCAGUUGCAGCCCUAAAUAGCUACUACGACCCCAAGCGUCAUGAAACAGCAGAGAGCUACAAGUUCUUCACGCGUUGCCAACAGGAAGGGGAGUCGAUUCAAGCGUUCCUCGUCGACAUACGGCGCAUAGCGGAUAAUUGCAACUUUGGCAGUGCAUUAGACCGAAUGUUAAGGGAUCGGAUUAUUUGCGGCGUACGCUCAAAUAGCCUGCGCAAGCAGCUGCUGACGAAGGAAGGGUUGACACUAGAAGAGGCCGAAGCGAUAGUCAUUUCCGCGGAAGCGGCGGAAAACGACGCUAAUGAGAUGAGCGCAGAAGCACCAGCAGUUCUCAAAGUGCAAGCCCGUCCGCGGUCAUUUCGGGAUAACCCCAACGGAAGCGCAACGCUAACGUGCGGAAGAUGCGGAAGCUCGAGGCAUGAUGAAAACGCCUGCCGGUGGGCUAAAGCGCGCUGUUUUCGUUGUGGGCGGCGCGGGCACUUGGCACGAUUGUGCUAUGAGGCACCGACAGCAAACCUGCAAGGUGGAAAGCGGGUACAGAGUGUAAAAGCGUUGACAGCCACGCAAACCGCGUCUAGCCAUGAGGAUAGCGACGAAGCCAGCGCAGCACAAGUUUGGACCGUGAUCUCAGAAAAGAAAAACGGACUCGAACCGCCGAUACGACGCAAGUUUCUUUGGGGAGACGUGGAACUACCCAUGGAAAUAGACACAGGGUCUCCAGUGUGCGUCAUAUCGCGCCAGAUCUACGAGCAACACAGAGCUCAGUGGCCACGCUUGACGGCUUCUCGAUUAAAGUUAUCGUGCUACGCGGGAAGGCUACCCGUGCUGGGUGAACUAGAACUGUCUGUGCGAUACAAAAAUGUGUCUGUCAUGUGCACACUAAUGGUGCUUGACUGCGCAGGACCGAGUCUGUGUGGACGUGACCUAAUAACAGCGCUCAGCAAAAGGGGCGUGCCGAUUGUACAGCUGACAGCGCCGGAUUUGCCUGCCGUUCCAAGUUCAGCCGGAUACUUGGUGAACGGCCUGCUUGCUGACUACGCAGACGUCUUAUCGGCAGACCUUGGGCUCAUCAAAGGUCCUCCUGCAAGCCUGAAGCUCAAGGCGACGGCGACGCCAAAAUUCUGUCGGCAGUUCACCUUGGUCACCGACCAUCAACCCCUGCUCGGGCUCCUGAGGCCCGAUCGCCAGACACCGACAAUGGCGGCAGCUCGAAUUCAACGGUGGGCACUGUUCCUGGGCGGCUACCAGUACAAGUUACAGUACGUGCCUGGAAAACAACUGCUGACAGCCGACGCCCUCAGCAGGCUUCCAGCAGAGGCUUCAGGUCCACCGUCGGAUGGCGACCCUCCCGAGUACGUCUUGUCCUUGGAUGCCCUGGAUGAAGGUAUUGUCACUACCCACGAACUACAAGAGCAAACUGCCAAGGACCCAGUAUUAGUCCGUGUCAUACGCUAUAUAUUGCAUGGGUGGCCGCGAACUGCUAAAGGAAUGGAGCAAUCGCUGCUGCCGUUUUUUUACCGCAAGUUAGAACUCUCGUGGGCCCACAAGCUAGUAUACUGGGGAAACCGGGUUGUCAUACCGGCUUCGGCACAGGGAAGGAUGUUACAGCUUCUGCACGAAACGCAUCAGGGCUCAUCGUCCAUGAAAUCGGUCGCACGGUCAUUGUUCUGGUGGUCUGGUGUUGACAGGGACAUAGAGGACGUGUCGGCACAGUGUAAAAACUGCGUGCAGAACCUACCCAUGCCGGCAGCAGCCCCGCCAGUAAGCUGGCCCAAAACAUUGGACAGGUGGUCCCGGAUCCACAUAGAUUUUGCAGGGCCGAUAGCAGGUCCACCGCUUCUGCAGCAGGCACUGACGACUGGGCUGUCUCACCAGGCAGCAGUGUAUACGUGCGGAAUUAUGGCACUGGGCCAAAAUGGACACCUGGGCACGUACAAUCGACGUCCGGAGCCAGGAUGCGGGGCCCCGAAAGCGCCAGAUAUUCGCGGAGAGGACGAGGAAGCGAGCGCGGCGGAACAGCCGCCGACGGGCCACAUUGACGACUUCGAUCGACUGGCGCAGCAGGUACCGGACGUCGAAGCGACGGCGGCUACCACGGACCAGGAGCUGCCCCUACUCAGCGGGGCCCCGAAAGCGCCAGAUAUUCGCGGAGAGGACGAGGAAGCGAGCGCGGCGGAACAGCCGCCGACGGGCCACAUUGACGACUUCGAUCGACUGGCGCAGCAGGUACCGGACGUCGAAGCGACGGCGGCUACCACGGACCAGGAGCUGCCCCUACUCAGGCGAUCGAAACGGAUCCGGAAGCCUAUACAACGGUUCUGA